AACCUGCACGCCGAACUGAUCCAAUCCGUCACGCUCGACGAGCCGGGCGAGCUCUUUUUGGCCCCAGUUCCUCUCAUGAUGCUAACAAGCGUUCCCGGUGAAAGACGCUCCGCAACGAGGAUGAACCAACCGGAAGUAGCGGUUCCAUAAUUCACGACGGCGAGCGACGAGGCUCGAGAAGGAACGACAUCGCGUCAUUAUUCAAUCGGCGUGUACACGGCGUACGCGUGACGAUGUCGGCCACUCGAUACCGUCGCUUCCUCAAACUGUGCGAGGAAUGGCCACGGGACGAGACCAAGAAAAACCGAGAUUUAGGGACGUUUCUUCGGCAGCGAGUGGCAGCCGCAUUUCGCGAGGGUGAAAACACACAGAUCCCAGACCCAGAGAAGUGCGAUCAGGCAUACGAAAGUCUGGCAAGAAUUAACGCAAACACGUACAAACAGCGAUUUCCUCGCGUGAGAGACACGAGCUUCACUGGAGUCACAGCAGAAGAGUGUAAAUUACUGUGGUCGGGUAGCGUGCAGCAGUCCGAGGAUGAAAAAAAGAGCUUGUGGAAAACAUUAACGGAGAGGUUUUCCUCCAAACCGUCAGAGGAGGUCCCAGAGAAAACUCCAGAAAAAUAGUAUUUUAUGCACUCCACCCCGCCCCACCCUCAUUUGUAUAGAAAUAAAGAUUAUUGCUGUCGUUGCGGUUUAUUUUGAGUUAUAUUUUAAGUCUGUACAAGUUAACAGUAUGUCGAAGCUUUUCAACCAAAAUGUAUCAGAUUUUAAAAUGUGCUGUUUUACAAAAGAACUAAUUUAGAAAAGAAAAAGUUUCCCCACAUGUUGUGGAGAUUUUGUCAUGUGUCAAUUAAAUUGAGGUUGAACCUCUUGGCCGAAAUUGGUUAAAAAAGGCAUCUUAAAUGGUGUCAGAUGUGCGCUGACUCACAUUUAAGAGUUUGACUUAUUAAUUUUGAACCAUGCUACAUCCCAGUUGUAAUACAGUGCACUGUAGUUCACUCACACUUUAUCUUUAUUGUCCAUUUUGUUUUAUUGGGUUGUAAAGGUUAUGUCACACUGAAGAAACUUUAGAAAUUAUUAAAAUAGAUUUUUUUUUACCACAUA